CUGUGACGGUGGCCAUCUCUGCUUACGCACACGGACACACUUCAUUGCAAAGAUUUUCAUGAAAAUUUAUGAAAUAAAUAAACGAACAUUGCGAACGAUACAAAGAAAUAAAGCAGUCCAAAAAGACGUUAUCUACAGCCGGAAAAAAGAAGUGUACAAAAUAUUAUAAGAACCCACGUCGUAACCAAUUGGAAGGAAAACAUAAUGUCUCUAUCAAAAAAUAUUACUGAUCCAAUAGAAUUAUCCGAUGAAGAAGGUUAUUCACUGGAUAUGAACAGUGAAUGUUAUUAUAUCGAUCCUCAAAUAGAAAAAAGAUUUGCUGUUAUGUUUACCGACGAGGAGAAUGGAUUUACACGCCAGGAGUUAUAUAAUACAAUAUAUGAAAAGAGAGUAAAUCCUAGGAAUGGCCAUAGAAUAGGUAGAUCGUCAAGAAUACGAAAUAUUACUCGAUCAAGAAAAUCUGCAAAUAAGUCAUUGGACGUCAAUGAUUCUAUAGAUCUAUCUGAUGAAAAUACGAUCCCCAACAACCACUCAAUAUGUUUUUACAUAUUGCCUAUUGUGAGAGAUCGUUAUCUAUCAUUAUUAAAGAAUUCUAAUAACAUAUUAACAGUACAGCUUAUGUAUAAUAAAAUAUACGAAUCAGGAAUAAAUCCUAGGAAUGGCCAUCCAAUCGGCAAAAUAUCAAGAAGCCGCAAGUUAUAUUAUAGAGUUGAAUUUAAAAGAAUGCCUCCUCUUCCUCCUCCUCUUACUCGUGAAGUUGCAACGCAGACUAAAAUUUCAUUAGCAGAGGCUAAGCUUUUGGACGCUCUACCACCAUCUGUUCAAUUGCCAAAGACUCAAUUAUUAGAAACUUUGGUCCCCUCUGAUCAGUUAUCAGAUGCUAUGUUGCAAUCUGCUCAGUUACCAGAGGCUCAGUUAUUAAAAGAUUUGUUACCAUCUGCUCAGUUUUCAGACAAUCUGUUGCCAUCUAAUCAAUUACCAGAGGUUCAAUUAUCAAAAGCAUUGGUCCCCUUUGAUCAGUUGUCAGAGAAUCUGUUACCGUGUGCUCAGCAACCAGAGCCUAUGAUAAUAGAUUAAG